AUGCAGCCGCCUAUGAUGGUGGAUUCAAUCCUGCACUGGGUGAGGGGCCCCGACGAAGACGAUUUCACGGAGGAUGAGAAGGAAGAGGGCCUCUCAUCGGAAAAAAAACAAGAAAAGACUACAAACGAACCAAACGGUUUGGUGGAAGAGGGAAUAAGCGAUCCUGCCGCCCUGUGUAAUCCGUUUGAGGUGCAAAAACGAUGUGCGGCGUGGUGGAAGGAGGUGGGGCCGCUCUUUGAGCGUCAGAAAGCCCUGGAAAAGGCGGUUGAGGAGCUCAUGGAAGAACUACAGGGCGAGCUGACGGACUUUCAGGAUUAA